AUGCCAAGAGAGAUGAUCCCAAAGACAAAGGCAGCCAUAAUGAAUACGAGUAUGAAGCUGGCUUGGUUGAUGGCGGUGGCGGUGGUGGUGGUCGCGAUGGCGCAGGAAAGCACAGGCCAUCCCUGCGGGAGCACCUUCUUCUCGGCUCUGGUUCAGCUCAUCCCAUGCAGGUCAGCAGUCGCUCCCUUCAGCCCCAUCCCGCCAACCGAGGCCUGCUGCGCUUCCAUCAAAGCACUCGGCCAACCUUGUCUCUGCGUGCUUGUCAACGGACCCCCCAUUUCUGGGGUUGAUCGCGCAAUGGCCAUUCAGCUCCCGGAGAAGUGCACCGCCAACUUUGAGCCAUGUGAAAUGGCAAAGUGAGAAACUUUCUGUGGAGUGCUGCUAUGCUAUGAGAUUGGAUCAGUGUCUGCACCCACCAACAAUACUAGUGUUUGUGGUCGAAUAAGUGUCUGAGCAGAUUGUACUAGUUUGUUAGCUACUUUGUUUUGAGUUUUUUAGAAACUGUUGUCUUCUUUUUGUCUGCAAAAACAGCCUCUCUACAUUUGAUUGCUCACAGCAGCAGACCCAUUAUGCUACUAGCUACUCUGAUUCUUCCACACCUCUUUCCAAGAUUCAUAUACACACAAAAUUCCAAGUUGUUGAUCA